AUGGAACCUAGCUUUGUCUAUUCACUUAAAUUAAUCUUGUUCCUUAUCAUCACUACUCCAUGGUUUCUAUUGUCCCUUCAUGGCUAUAAUAAUAAUGUUGAUGAGAGUUCAACUUAUUCCACAUACAUAGUCCAUAUGGACAAAUCUCAAUUUCCUAACAUAUUCACAACCCACCAUGAUUGGUUUGAGGCCACAAUUCAAUCUUCAAAACCAUCCAUUCACAUAUCAAAUAGUAAUGAAAAACCAUCAAAAAAACAAUUAUUGUACUCAUAUAAUCAUGCAAUGUAUGGUUUUAGUGCAACCUUAUCUUCAAAAGAAUUAAACUCUCUUAGAAACUCAUAUGGAUUUAUUUCAGCAUAUCCUGAUAGAACCGCCACAAUGGACACAACACACACCUUUGAGUUUCUCUCUUUAGACCCUUCUUUUGGGCUAUGGAAUGCUUCAAACCUUGGUGAGGGUGUGAUUGUGGGUGUGAUAGAUAGCGGGGUGUGGCCUGAGAGUGAGAGCUUCAAAGAUGAUAGAAUGGAAAAGAAGCUUCCAUUGAAAUGGAAAGGGACAUGUGAGGAAGGUGAAGAGUUCAAUGCCUCCAUGUGCAACUUGAAGCUCAUUGGUGCUAGGUAUUUCAACAAGGGUUUGGUUGCUGCAAAACCUAAUGUCACAAUCAAGAUGAACUCACCUAGGGAUUAUGAUGGACAUGGAACUCACACAUCAUCCACUGUUGCUGGAAACUAUGUUCAUGGUGCCAAUUUCUUUGGCUAUGCCAAAGGUGUAGCUAGAGGCAUUGCACCAAGGGCUAGGGUUGCCAUGUACAAGGUAUCUUGGGAGGAGGGUCGUCAGGCUUCCGAUAUAUUGGCCGGAAUGGACCAAGCAAUUGGUGAUGGAGUUGAUGUGAUUUCAGCUUCAAUGGGGCUUGAUAAAGUUCCACUAUAUGAGGACUCCAUAGCCAUAGCUUCUUUUGCAGCAAUGGAGAAAGGCAUUGUUGUUUCAUCUUCUGCAGGUAAUGAAGGUCCAAAGCUUGGAACCUUACACAAUGGAAUCCCUUGGGUUAUAAAUGUGGCUGCAAGCUCCAUUGAUCGUACAUUUGGAAGCUUGGUUCUUGGAAAUGGUGAAACCAUCAUUGGUUGGACACUGUUUGCAGCAGAUGCUAUUGUUCAAGAUCUUCAACUUGUUUAUCAUGACACUUUAUCAGCUUGCAACUCUUCGCACAUGUUACGUGAGGUUGUUGCUGCCACAUCUGAUGGGAUCAUUAUAUGCAAGGCUAGUGAUUCAAUUUCUGUGUUUGAUCAAAUAAAUUUAGUGACUAUGACGAAUGUAAAAGGAGCAGUGUUCGUCUCAGAUGAUCCUGAAAUAAUUGAAUGGGGGCAUCUUUAUUCUCCUAGCAUUGUAAUUACUUUCAAAGAUGCAAAAUCUGUUAUCAAUUAUACACAAAGUAACAAGAAUCCAAAAGCCAGCAUCAAUUUUCAACAAACAUUUAUUGGAAUCAAGCCAUCACCAGUUGCUGCACGUUAUAGUUCAAGAGGACCUUCACCUAGUUUUCCAUGGAUCUUAAAACCUGACAUAAUGGCACCAGGAACUAGGGUUUUAGCUGCUUAUAUUCCUCACAAAACAACAGCAACAAUUGGCACAAAUGUCUUCCUAUCAAGUCACUAUAAUAUUCAAUCCGGAACUUCAAUGGCUUGUCCUCAUAUUUCUGCCGUCGCAGCACUUCUUAAAGCAGCACGUCCCGAAUGGGGCGUCGCUGCUAUUAAAUCAGCAAUAAUGACUACUGCUAAUUUUCUCGAUAACACAGAGAAUUUAAUUAGAGAUAAUGCUAACCCUAAUGAAUUUGCUUCACCUCUUGCAAUUGGAGCUGGUGAGAUUGAUCCUAAUAGAGCACUUGAUCCAGGUUUGGUAUAUGAUGCUACCCCACAAGAUUAUGUUAAUCUCCUUUGUGGUUUGAACUAUAGUUAUGACCAAAUAUUAACAAUUACUAGGUCAAGAUCCUAUGAUUGUUCAAAUCCAUCACUUGAUCUUAAUUACCCUUCAUUUAUAGUUUUCUAUAGCAAGGAAUCAGAAUCAGUGAUUCACAAAUUUAGGAGGACAGUGACUAAUGUUGGAGAGGGUGGUGCUACAUAUAGGGUUAAGGUGAGAGAACCAAUGGGAUCUAUGGUCACAGUGUUACCUAAUAUAUUGGUAUUCAAAGAUAAGAAUGAGAAGCAGAGUUAUGAGGUUCACAUAAUUUAUAUGAAGAAGGACAAUGAAAGUAAUAAUAAUGUGUCGUUUGGGGACAUUGUUUGGGUUGAAGAUGGUGGAAAACACACAGUUAGAAGCCCUAUUGUUGUGGCACCAAAUGGAAUUGUAUGA